GAAAUCAUCUCAUGGAAAAGGUCUUGGGCAGCAAUAAGAUUUCCCACUUCACAGAACCCGUGGAUAAGAGUGUUAUAAGUUACAACAUCAGGAUUGAUUUGCCUAUCAAUCAUAUCACGCAACAAUUUUUCAGCAUCACUCCAUCUACCAAAGCUACAAAACCCAUCUAUCAUUAUAUUGUAAGUUUGAACAUCAGGCUCAACACCUUUCUCGUGCAUUUCACUGAAGAGAUUUUGAGCAUCGCUAUGAUGUCCGUCUUUGCAAAGACGAUCAAUGAUGGCGUUAUAGAUUACAAGAUUGGCUUUGAUGUGGCUUUGGUCCAUCUUCCUAAGCAGAGACAAGGCAGUCAGUGUCGCCCAUCUUACACAUUCCAUUUACAAUUGUUCCGUAAGUAA